UAUUUGAGAUAAGGAAGAAGGAAACAGUAAAACACAAGUCUGUGCACAUGAAGCAUUAGCUAUACCUAAGUAAAAGAGUCAGCUGAGAUAGCUGCUGGCUUCAGCAUACGAGUGCCAUUAUGAUGAAUGUUUACAGCACUUCAACUACAGCCAAUUAUCCUUUUUGUGGGAGGCCUGAUGAUUUGCUCACGUUGGUAGCUUGUACAAAGCAACAUUGCAUUCAGAAAUGGAGUAGCUGAGGAAAAUGUCUAUGGGCAGAAAUUUUCCUUGGACAGGCGCAGUAUUUGAGGUCAUUCCAUGGUGAGGCAGGAACCAGGUAUGUAAAAGAGAUCCAAUAGUUUGAUUUCAAGAGGAGGGAAAUAUUCCUUGUUUCCUAUUCUUCAUCUAUUCUUCCCUCGAAAGGCCAGAGACUUUUCCUUCAGUGCCAAGUCACGAAGAGACAGAUUAUUUGGCCAUCAUUAUGUUGAUGUUUAGAGAACAGAAUUGGCCAAGGAGCUUUGAAAAUUCACUUGAUAUAUCUUUCCAGUGGCGGCUUUGUUAAGAAGGAGUUAGAAGAAACAACUGAUUUUCAUACUUGUCAUAACGUGGUGGAAUAGGUGAAAAGGAUCAGGCAUUUCCUAAUGUUCCUUUGUUGUAGGUGAAUACCCAUUAGCAGUGAAGGCACCACUUUCCUUCAGGAAGUCAAGAAACAUCUGCAGUUGGAGCAGGUUUAGAGGCUUGAGGGCAACCAGACUUGAGAAACCACUGCGUAGUCCAGAACUCGAAUAUUGUUUGAAGCAAUGGCAUGAAGCCAAAAACUUUCACCUUGCACUCCAGGACAAACACAAGAACGUCAUACUUUAAAUGACUACAGCAGUGGAGGAAAGUCGUUGGUGAAGGACAAUGACUGUAUGCCGACUGGGACACUUGCCAAGAUCAAAGUGAAGGAAGAGAAGCACCUGAGUCUUCGCUAGUAAAUCAUCUUUGUUAUCACCAGCAAGCCAGAAUCUGUUGGCCAUUGGUAAUUGCCCAUGAGAAGGUAAUAUCAAGCUGCCUUGUACAAUACAACUUGCAAGGCGAUUUCAGUAAACAGUCAUCAACAUUAGUGUGGUUCAGGAGUUACAAGUAGGCCAGACCAGGAAGCUUCAAAGUCAGGUUUAUCAUGAGACUUUAUUGGAAACGUGCAGAGAAAAUGAGAUGCUUUCGGAAGCGCUCAACAAUUCCAGUGUUGGCCCUCCUUGCAAUUUGUCUCCUUUGCCUGAAUCUAUACAUGGAGGAGGACAGAUACGUAAUGGAAGGAGAGCAGAGACUGGCAAGAGAAAUUACUUCACAUCAACUCAACUCAGAAAAAUAUGUCCAUACAUUCAAAGAUUUAACUAACCUGUCAGGAGCAAUAAAUGUCACCUAUCGUUAUCUUGCAGGUUUCCCUCUCCCUAGAAAAAAGUACUUAACAAUAGGACUAUCGUCAGUGAAAAGGAAAAGAGGUAACUACCUACUAGAAACAAUUAAAUCUAUUUUUGACCAAUCCAGUUACGAAGAACUGAAUGAAAUUGUAGUUAUUGUACACUUAGCAGACUUUGACCUCUCGUGGUGUGAAGAUGUUGUCCAAGAUGUCUCCAGAAAAUUUGGCCAUCAUAUCAUUUCUGGUCGAUUGAUGGUCAUUCAUACUCUUGAGGAGUAUUACCCAAGUUUAGAUGGCCUCAAAAGAAACUACAAUGACCCAGAAGAUCGUGUGAGGUUUAGAUCUAAACAGAAUGUAGAUUAUGCAUUUCUGCUUAAUUUCUGUGCCAAUCUAUCAGAUUACUACGUAAUGUUAGAAGAUGAUGUUCACUGCUCAAAAAACUUCCUAUCCGCUAUUAAAAAAGUCAUUACCUCAAGAAAAGGCUCCUAUUGGGUGACACUAGAGUUUUCAAAAUUGGGAUAUAUUGGAAAACUUUACCAUUCACAUGACCUGCCUCGACUGGCACAAUUUUUAUUAAUGUUUUAUCAGGAAAUGCCAUGUGAUUGGUUGCUAAUUCAUUUCCAAGGGCUGCUUGCUCAAAAGGAUAUCAUACGGUUUAAGCCUUCUUUGUUUCAGCACAUGGGAUAUUAUUCAUCAUUCAGGGGAACAGAAAAUAAACUCAAGGAUGAUGAUUUUGAAGAAGAUUCCUUUGAUAUUCCUGACAAUCCUCCUGCAACACUUUACACAGACAUGAAUGUGUUUGAACACUACGAUCCUCGUAAAGCAUACAGCAAUGUAGAUGAGUACUUCUGGGGAAAAUCUACUUCAGCUGGAGAGUACUUUCUUAUUGUGCUCGACAAACCAGCUAAAAUCAACAAACUGAAAAUCCAAACGGGGACUGAUGAUAGACAAAAUGACAUUUUGCAUCACGGAGCACUUGAGGUUGGUCAAAAUGUGCAAAUGACAAAGAAAGGAAAGCAGUGUUCUAACUACGUCAAACUGGGUGAGUUUCAACAUGGAAAUAUUGAUAUUGAGGAUAUUGGUCACAAAGUUGAAUUUGACAUUCACUGCAUUCAGAUACUGGUAACAGAAAGCCAAAAGGAAUGGCUGAUUAUCAGGAGCAUCAGCAUUUGGACCAAUCAGCCGUCAAGUUAGACCAUUCAAUGUAAUCCCAUGGGGAUUGAUAUAUGAGUUUUUGUAAACCUGUAAACAAAAUCAAGGCAGCUGAGGAAAAUUUGUUAUGUAAUGGUUUGCAAUUUACCUUCCAAAUUACAAGAAAAACCCAUGAUGUGUACAGGGCAAGAAUAAGCAAUAGACUUGAACUAUCACCCAGGAAUAUUUUUUAAUGGAAAUGGCUAGAAAAAUGAAGUUUGUGUUCCAAGGUAAUCAGACUAUAUUCAGUCCAGUAUAAUUCUUAAUAUUUCACUUUUUGCAAGUAGAUUACUCAAACUAUAUUAUGAUCUACGAGAAUGCAAAUAAUCUCUCAAUUUGGAUUUUCUCUCUCUGCCACUUUAGUGGAUGGUUUUGCUGAACAAAAUAACUUAUUUAAUGCCUGUCCAGAACUAGCAGAGGGGGAAUUUCUGAUGAAUUAUUAAACUUUUUUAUGUUCAUAUCCUGUUUUGUAAAUUCAUACUUUUUCAUUCAUUAAUUUGUUUCUCCUAUUAACUUGCAUUGCUAUUUCGAUUAUUCUUAGAAAUGUUUACAAAUGAGAUGGAAAACUAAUAAGGAUAAGUCAGGUUAUAAAAGAGCACAUUUACUAAAUCAUUGCAACAAAUUGUUGGUUUUCUUCAGCUGCUGAAGUUUUGUUUUUAAUAUGUAACAGGAUGUCUACUUUGUAAAAAAAAAGAGAUCUAUGUAUGUUCUUAGUAGUCUUGAAUUAAUUAUAAUAGUUUACUGACAAAGUAUCACACAGGUCAAAUUCAUAACUGAGGUUAAAACAUAGAACAACAUUUUUUCUAAUUGUUUCAUCAUGAAAACAACUUGAUUAUCUGAAAAAUUCAAAAUCUCAGAGGUUUGAUGCAUACCAUUGCAUGGCAAGCCACUAACAGCGUAUGGAUUCCUGCCCAGUGACAAGAAACUAAGAUGCUGAGAUUACAAAAGAACCAUUUUAAAUGUAGGGCUUAAACUUAUAGUGCACUCUUGAUGGGCUGAAUGUCUAUCUCAGUUCCCACAUCUGAUGGUGUUAUGAUCCAAAUACUCCUGGCAUAUACACAGUCCAAUGUUCUUAAAGGGAACAACUAACUUUCAAACAAAUUCAACUUGGAGAUACAAUUACUCUUCUAAUUGUAUGCCAUACAGCAGCAAAUGGUGAAAAGACAUAGAGGAGAGAAAUUUACAAGGUGCGCAAAACUGUACAGUAGUUAUAAUGGGGCUUUAAUUUUCCAAACAUGGAUUGGGAUAUUGAGAGUGUAAGGUCAAAGGGAGAGGAGCUUUAACAAAAUAAGUGUUGGACAAACUGAGCAGGUCAGGUAGGAUCUGUGGAAACAAAGUUAAUAUUUCAAGUCCAAUGCCUAAUGGUAUCAAUGUGGAUUUCACCAGCUUCAAAAUCUCUCCUCCCCCCACUGCAUCCCAAAACCAGCCCAGCUUGCCCCCGCCUGCCUAACCUGUUCUUCCUCUCACCUAUCCCCUCCUCCCACCUCAAGCCGCACCUCCAACUUCAUCCUGCCCCCUUGACCUGUCCAUCCUCCCUGGACUCACCUAUCCCCUCCCUACCUCCCCAACCACACUCUCCUGUCCACCUAUCUUCUCCUCUAUCCAUCUUCAGUCCGCCUCCCACCUCCCCCCCUCCCUAUUUAUUUCAGAGUCCUCGCCCCAUCCCCCUUUUCUGAUGAAGGGUCUAGGCCCAAAACGUCAGAUUUUGCGCUUCUAAGAUGCUGCUUGUCCUGCUGUGUUCAUCCAGCCCUACACUUUGUUAUCUUGGAUUCUCCAGCAUCUGCAGUUCCCAUUAUCUCUUUCAGAACUCUCUUGCUUCCUAAAAGUGUGACAAAGAGACGGUUUUAAAAAUGGGUGUGAGGAAGUAUAAUUAAGUUAAAUGUGGGAGUCAGUUUGUAGUCGAUACUAGUGGGCCCAGAUCCAUUUCUAAGGUUUCUAGAGUUUCUGAAGUAUGUCAGGAAAAUCUUCUCUGUCAGUGUGUUUCCAGUCCAAAGAGCAAGAGAUAUUGUUGCAUCUAGUCUUGGGGAAUGAGGUGAGUCAAAUAGCUUAAGUAACCAUAGGGAAACAUUGAAGUACCUGAGAUUAUAGUGCAACGAUGUUUUGUUUAGCUUUGGAAAAAAAACAAUCAGGAGUAAAAUGGAUAGAUUGGUGGAGGCCCUAGUACAAUGGAGUUAAAAUGGAUCUAGCCUAGAUAAAUUGGAAUCAUCAAUUGUCAGGCAAAAUUAUAAUUGAAUAAUUGGCUGCUUUUAAAGGGAAGAUCAUUUAAGAACAGUUUUGAUAACUUCCCAUAUUGGAGAAAAGAAGAGAAACAGAGCUAGAGCUUGUUGGACAAUGAAAGAAAGAAAGCGUAAGAUGAAGCAAUAAAAAAAAUGCGGCUUAUCUGACGUCAGAGUGAUAAUGCAAAUGAGUACCAGUCUGCAAAAUUCAGAGGGAUAUGAAAGAGAAGUAAACGAGUAUGACAAGAGGCUGGCAGCCAACAAAGAGAAUGCAAAUGUAGCUUAUAAAUAGGAACAUGCUGAUAAAAGGUGCAGUGAGGUUGGGACCAAGGAAAGGAUAUUCACGUCAGGGUAGAGGGUAAAUUCAAGAUAUUUAAAUGAGGAUACUGAAUCUGUCUUCAUCAAGGAAGAAGAAGCUGCCAACAUCAUAGUCAAAGAUUACACAGUUAAGAGACUCAAUGCCUGAAAACUGAUAAAGAGGAGCUACUUGAAAGUUUGCCCAUAUUUAUAAGUCACGAGGACCUAGAUGUGGAAGCAUUCUAGAAUAUUGAGGGAAUUUGAAUAUAAAUUGUAGAUGCGCUUGUGCUGCUUUUUCUGACUCAUGAAAUGAAGACAUCCAGAUCCCUCUGUGCUACAAUAUAUUACAGGAUCUUCCAAAUUAAAUAAUAUUCUGUUUUAUUGUAUUUUUAUUCUAUUUUCUAUUCUUUUCGUUUUAUUCCCUUUAAAACUCCAUCUGGAAAAUUUUGUCCAUUCUCUUUACCUAUCCAAACCCCUUUGCAGAUUCUUUAUAUCCUUACAACUUGAUUUCCUACCCAUCUUUGUAUCAACUGCAAAUUUGACUACAAUUAUGUUUUCUUUCAUCGAACACAUGACAAUAGAUUAUAAACAGUUGAGACCCCAACAAUGACCCUACAACGCACUACUGGUUAAGAGUUUACAACCUGAAAAUUGUCCUUUUAUCCUGACUCUUUUUGUUAGUUAGCCAAUUCUCUAUCUGUGUUACUAUAUCAUCCGCAACACCAUCAACUCACACAUUGUGCACUUUUAUAUGGCACUUUACCGAAUGCCUCUUGGAAAUCCAAGUACACUGUAUUUUUUCUACACACUGCCUCUUACAUCUUUAAAGAACUCUAAUAAAUUUGUCAAACAGAAUUUCCCUUUCACAUGAUCAUGUUGACUCUGUCUGAUUAUAAUUUGAUUUUCUAAAUGACCUGCCACUACUUCCUGAAUGUGUUUAAGCGUUUUCACAAUGAUUGACCUAUAGUUCCUGUUUUUAGUGUCCCACCUUUCUGUGAAAAAUUGUAUUUGUCUCUACAUUUAAGUGGUGGAUCAAUCGCCUUUAGAUCGACAGGUUUUUAACUCUUAAUGGGUGAAUUGCAUGGGAGACGUGCUAGAAAGUGGAGUUUAGACUAAGAUGAAAUCGAUCAUGAACAUAUUAAAUGGUUGAGCAGGUUUGAGGGGCUGAAUGGCCUACUUUUCCUCCUGGUCCUUCCAAUUAGUAAAUUUCAUAUAGGUAAUUGGAUACAUAUUUUAACAAAUGAGGCUACAGGGAAAGUGCAGAUUAGAGGGACCAUUGGAUAGUUCCUCAAAGUACUGGCACAGUGAGCUGAAGUACUGCACAGUUCAAAGUUCGUCUUCUGUGGUUGCAGGUUAUAUAAAACAGGGCGGAAGGGUGGCUCAGUGGUUAGCACUCGAGCCUCACAGCACCAGGGACCCAGGUUCAAUUCCAGCCUCGGACGACUGCCUGUGUGGAGUUUGCACAUUCUCCCCAUGUCUGCGUAGGUUUCCUCCGAGUGCUCCGCUUUCCUCCCACAGUCCAAAGAUGUGCAGGCUAGGUGGAUCGGCCGUGCUAAAUUGCCCAUAGUGUUCAGGGGUGUGUGGGUUACAGGGGGAUGGUUCUGGGUGGGAUGCUUCAAGGGGUGGUGUGGACUUAUUGGGCCGAAGGGCCUGUUUCCACACUGUAGGGAAUCUAAAAAAAACCGUGUUAAAAAUUAAAUGCAUAGUAUAUGCUCCAGAGGAGGCAUACUACAGAGGCUUGUAAACUCAUUAACUGGGAAAAAGUCAUGGCUUGUGACUCAUGGAUUGGAUGAUGCGUGUAUAAUAAAACCAGAUUCUAUCUAAUUACUGAGGUAUUUAAAAAAAAAAGAAAGCAUAGUGACCUUCCAAGAUCCUGAAUACAAGAUACCAAGAUUGACAAAGCUCAGAAAAAUUGGUUAAAUCAGAAACUGAUUAUUAAUACCAAGGCUUCAUUUUGAAAUUAUGGCACAGUGGUACAGUGGUUAGCACUACUGCCUUGGUUCGGUUCUAGACUCGGACAUUUGUCAGUGUUGAGUCUACAUAUCUCUUCGUGUCUGCAUGAGUUUUCUCUGGGUGCUCUGCUUCCUCCCACAGUUCAAAGAUGUGCUGGUUAGGUGCAUUGGCCAUGGUAAUUUGGUCUGUAGGGUCCAUAAUUGUGUAGACUAGGUGGAUUAGCUAUGGUAAAUGUGAUAUUAUGGGGAUGUGUUGGAGCACCCUUCAGAGGGUUGGUGCAGAUUUGAUGGACCAAAUGGCCUCUUUCCGCACUGUUGUGGUUCAAUGGAAGCUUGAAAUCGUCAGGACAGUUUGUUGGGCCCUGUUUUCAGAAAAGAUAAUGUAGGGUUAUAAAAAAUGUACAACCAAUUAGUUGGAAGAUUAAAAGAAACUUGCCAAUUAGUUGAAUGCAUUUGUUAAAUGAUCCUCUGAAGAGUUAUUGGCUCAAAGUUGAUGAACAGGCAUAAUACAUUUAACACUGGAAAUUCCUUCUGCAAGGAGAUGACCAAUAUAAAUUGUUCAGGAUCAUCCCUGUUAAAGUUUACAAAUGCCAAGAUCUAGGGUGAAAUUCCAACAAAAUGUUACAAAAUUUGCCAAACAAGUUUCUGAAAUUCUUGUUGAUGCAAAAGGGAUUAAGAGCACAAAAUUCUUAUUGAGCAUGGUCUGAAUUUCCUUCUUCAUUUCUAUUGCUAGCCAGCCACGUUGACUUGGAAAAUGCUAAUCAACAUGGCUACAGAAUUUUACUUGAAGUAGCAACACACAAUCUGUAUACCCAUCUGCUCCUUGUGAACUGUAGCGAUAAGACUGGAGACUAAAAGCUGGUAUUCACAGGUAAAAAUCAAUAUUUCCCAAAGUAGCCUCUUGCUCCCACUAAGAAAGUGACAUAAUUUCAUUUUUAAAUGGGCGUUAGUACAAAUAGAGGAGUUAAAAUCUCGAUGUACUUCGUAAUUGCUCAACCGAGGGCACUCUUUAAAAUGAGCAGCCAGAUGAGAUGGUACAAUUUGUGUUAGAUGUUCCGAUGUAUCUCAAUGAAAAGUCAUAUAUUUACUACAGAUAGUGCACUUAAUUGCACCAAAUAACAGUGCUAGUGCCAGAAAAUAUGGAGAGGAGAGUGGAGGUGAAAUUAUGCCCUAGAGGUUUAUUUAAUUAUGUUUCGUAACAAAAUAUUCCUUGUCUGUCUAGAAAUUGUAGUUUGAUUUGUAUUGUCUGGCACAAUAAUUUAUUGUAUAUCCAUGGAUGUCUUUUAUCCUGAAAUUUUGUAAGAAAAAUGUCAGCUGUUCUGCACUUUGUACAGUGAUUUGUUUGUGAAGUGUUUUGAUCUUAAAAAUGUUUUAUUGUACAUUUUUUUCUGGUAUCUGUUUUGAAAUAGCAUCAGCAAAAUAUAGCCACAUGCUGUUUCACACAUGAUUAGCCACAUAGUUUCUUACUUAUCAUGUGAGGAAAAAAUUGCACUGGUCAAUGACUGGACAAAUGAAAUGGGCGACAGAAACAGCAACCUCUUUCUUUGCACCAUACAGCAGAAACAGCCAUGACUUUUCUAUUUCCUAUAUGAUUCUCCUACUGUACAAAACUAUAGACUACAGUCACUACGAGGUACAUUGAGGCAUUAAGUUGCAAUGUAAUGAAAACAUAGAAUCAUGCACUGCAAAAGGAGACCACUCAGGCCACUAUUCCCGUACUACACCUUUGAGAAAAGCCAUCCAAUCAGUCUCACUCUCCCAUAUUUACCAUAUAAUGCUGAAUUUUUUUUUCCCCAGUAUUCACACAACUCUCACUCUAUUGCCACCAACAGAAGCAGAAUCACAGAAGGGCUACAGCACUGAAGGGGGCCAUUUGGCUCAUAGUGCCUGCAUUUGCUCUCAAAUGAGCAUCAUGACUGGGAAAUAAUGGAAGUGGAGGAUCAGCAUGUCCCUAUAAAGAUGAAGAGUGACAGCAAAUAGUGUAGAAAAUCCUGCAUAUCAAAGAAAUCUAUAGGAUUGGAUAAUACUCCAGUUGAGGUCUAACGAAUGCCUUAUACAAGUUCUAAUUCACCUCCCUGCUCUUGUACUCUACAUCCGUAUGAUUAAAGCACAAAAUACUAUG